CGGGUCGGGCCUAGGAAACGGGUCAUAGAUGACACAAGUUAUCCGUAGGGUUUUAGGACCAUUGUCUUCUUCGCGAACCUAAAUUCUCUCAUUGUCAGUUGUCGCUAACUCACCAUGACUGCUCAAUCUCAAGAAGAAAUCUUAGCCGCUCAUCUGGAACAACAGAAGAUUGAAUCCGAGGAGCCAAUUAUUGAGGAUGAAGACGACAAUGAUGAAGAAGACGACGAUGAAGAUGACAAAGAUGAUGAUGAUGUCGAAGGGGGUAGUGGUAGGUCAAAACAGAGCAGGAGCGAGAAAAAGAGUCGAAAAGCUAUGAUCAAGCUCGGAAUGAAGCCAAUCCCCAUGGUCAGCCGUGUCACUGUCAAAAAGAGCAAGAAUAUUCUAUUUGUCAUCUCAAAACCAGAUGUUUUCAAGAGCCCUGCAUCAGACACAUAUGUUAUAUUUGGUGAGGCAAAGAUUGAGGACUUGAGUUCUCAAUUGCAGUCUCAAGCUGCUGAGCAGUUCAAGGCUCCUAAUUUGAGCAAUGUGAUAUCAAAGCCAGAACCAUCAACGGUGGCUCAGGACGAUGAGGAUGUAGAUGAGACUGGUGUAGAACCCAAGGAUAUCGAGCUGGUGAUGACUCAAGCUGGUGUUUCCAGAGCAAAAUCUGUCAAGGCUCUCAAGGCUGCAAAUGGUGAUAUUGUCUCUGCCAUUAUGGAGCUUACAAACUAGAAACUCUUUACUAUGUAACUUUUUUUCUUUCUCCAAUCUCUUGAGCUGACUAUGAAUAUUAAAGGUUUCAGUUACUGCUUUUCCCAUUCAGUUUUACUGUUCUGCUUGCUAUCAUUGUAUACCAGAGACAUGCUGAGUUAUGCAAACUAAAAAAAAAAUGGAGUUUUGCUGCAUUUUUCCUCACUAA